AUGUUGAGCCGCGCAUCGAAUGUUUCGGCUGAAGCAGUGGUUGGUUCGGGUGAGGGUGAGGAUGAGUUGUAUGAGCAGCUGUGGAAGGCUUGCGCGGGACCACUGGUGGAUGUUCCUCGUGCUGGCCAGAGAGUGUUCUAUUUUCCGCAAGGCCACAUGGAGCAAUUAGAGGCUUCAACCAACCAGGAAUUGAAUCAGAGGAUUCCUCUCCUGCAGCUUCCCACGAAGAUCCUUUGUCGCGUCGUGAACGUUCAUUUGCUUGCUGAGCAAGAAACGGAUGAGGUUUAUGCGCAGAUCACUUUGGUGCCGGAAUUUAAUCAAGAUGAACCCACAAGUGCUGAUCCGUGCACUGCUGAACUUCCAAGGGCACCGGCUCACACGUUCUGCAAGGUCUUGACUGCUUCAGAUACUAGCACCCAUGGUGGCUUCUCUGUUCUCAGGAAACAUGCUACAGAGUGCCUUCCUGCAUUGGAUAUGUCCCAACCAACACCGACCCAGGAAUUGGUUGCAAAGGAUCUUCAUGGUUAUGAAUGGCGCUUUAAGCAUAUAUUUAGAGGUCAGCCGCGCAGACACUUGCUCACAACUGGAUGGAGUACUUUUGUGACCUCGAAGAGAUUAGUUGCUGGAGAUACCUUUGUGUUCUUGAGAGGGGACAAUGGGGAGCUACGAGUUGGAGUGAGACGUCUAGCUCGCCAGGCAAGUAGCAUGCCUUCAUCUGUUAUUUCGAGUCAAAGCAUGCACCUGGGAGUUCUCGCAACUGCCUCUCAUGCUGUUGCAACUCAGACUCUUUUUGUAGUAUAUUAUAAGCCAAGGACGAGCCAAUUCAUCAUAGGUGUGAAUAAGUAUUUGGAGGCUGUGACCCACAAGUUUAGUGUUGGCAUGAGGUUCAAGAUGAGAUUCGAGGGGGAUGAUUCUGCUGAGACUGACAAAAGAUUCUCGGGUACCAUAAUUGGAAUUGAAGAUAUUUCUCCUCAUUGGGAAAAUUCAAAAUGGCGAUCGCUCAAGGUUCAAUGGGAUGAACUUGCAGCUGUUCCAAGACCUGAGAGGGUUUCACCAUGGGAGAUAGAGCCAUUUGUUGCUUCUGCUUCUACACCCUCAGUUCAACCCACUGCUAUAAAGACUAAAAGGCCCCGACCAUCCAGCGAAGUUCCAGAUGUUGACACAACAUCCGCGGCUUCUGUUUUCUGGGAUACUGGUCUGCCACAGCCUGAUUUGACACAAAUCAAUGUUUUGACCGAAAUCAAACGGAAUGACAAUACUGGUACAUGGCAUCAUAUGCAAAGUGACAUGAAUAGUAAAAGCAACAGCAACAACACGUUGUUAAGGAAUCAGACAGAAGGAAGUUGGCUGUCAUCUCCUCAUUCCAGUUGUCCAUCUCAUUUGUUUCAAGACACAACAGAUGAUAGCAAGAGUGUUUCAGCUUGGCCUGUUUCAAAGCCUCACUCGUCCAGAUUGAAUAAUGAGCAUGCGCUUGACCAAAUUGACAAGGAGAGCAAAGAGACUGCUACAAGUUAUCGGUUGUUUGGAAUUGAUCUUAUUGAUCAUUCUAGGAACUCACCUGCUGUAGAUAAGGCAUCUCCACAUGCCGUAAAUAUACCUAAAGUUACUACUGAAGGAUGUACCAGCACCUUGUCUCAAGCAGAUGCUGGCCAUAAGUCGGAGGUACCAAAAACUUCUUCCAAGGAGAGGAAACAAGAACAGCAACAAGUAUCUCCGAAGGAGACUCAGAGCAAGCAAAUUUCUAGAAGUCGCACCAAGGUUCAAAUGCAGGGUGUUGCAGUGGGUCGUGCUGUAGAUUUAACCAUGUUGGAUGGGUACGAGCAACUUAUAAAUGAAUUAGAGGAGAUGUUUGACCUAAAGGGACAGCUUCAACACAGGAAUAAGUGGGAAAUUGUCUUCACUGAUGAUGAAGGUGACAUGAUGCUUGUGGGAGAUGAUCCAUGGCCUGAAUUCUGUAAUAUGGUGAGAAGAAUCUUCAUUUGUUCCAGCCAGGAUGUGAAGAAGAUGAGUUGUGGAAGCAAACUGCCAAUCUCUUCGGUGGAAGAUGGGACUGUAAUAAGCUCAGACACAACUGAAACCUGA